CUCUUACGUCUUCCUAAGAUAAAGAUAACUUCAUGUUGUGUCAUUAAUUUCUGAGAGUGAGGUUAAGUCUCAGACCUGAGCAGCUGGCCAGCAGCAAUGGGGAAGAAGAAAGUUGUGACAAUGGUGUUGAAGGUUGAUCUUCAGUGUGAGAAGUGCUACAGGAAAGUGAAGAAAGUGCUGUGUAAAUACCCUCAAAUACAAGACCAGGUGUAUGACGAGAAGCAGAACACAGUGACGAUCAAAGUGGUGUGUUGCAGUCCUGAGAAGAUCAAGCAAAAGAUAUCCUGCAAAGGUGGUGAAUCCAUCAAGGGUAUUGAAAUUGUACCUCCACCCAAGCCAAAGCCAAAAGAGGAGAAACCUAAAAAGGAAGUACCGACAGAGACUCCGAGGCCACCACCAGAUCCCCCCGGACCGAAAGACCCUGGACAAUCAAAAAAAUCGGAGAAACCUAAAGAGAAACCAGCCCCAUCAGCAGCCACAGCCCCAGCCCCUUGCUUCCCGCAGAACCCUGUGAGAGUGUGUUGCAGGGAAUGCUACGAGGGGCAAGGAGGUGGGCCAUGUUACCAACUAGGAUACCGUGGACCGCCGAUAUGCUAUGAUGGAUACUACGGGAGACCGGUGUAUGAUAGCUGGGGUGGUGGCAGGGGCGGUUGCUAUUGUUAGAGAGGCAAUCGAUGUGAUUGCUUUUGCGAAGAAAAUCCUAAUGCAGCUUGCAGAAUAAUGUGAAAAUUAAUGGAGGUGCAUGCAUGAUUUGUCGUUGCCCCUUUGGUUUGGUUCUUAGUACAAAAUUAUUGUACAAGAUAAAAACAAGGUUAUUAAUAAGAUAAUACUUUUAUCAAUUGGCAAAA